AUGCCUGUGCGAGAAAAGCAAAGUAAUUAUGUGCCCGCAAAAUUCUAUCAACCCGUUCACAACGGUGAUCGAUUACCUCAAGAUGCUGUCAAACCGUUCGGUAGACCUUUAAGUUUCAAUGGGAAAUUCUACGACAUGGCUGUUGCUCUCUGGAUUCCAGAUUCGGACAAGCUCGGUGUAUGGGGACGUGCCUGGGAGGAGAAUGGGCAAUUGAGAGCGAUAUUUGUUCAUAACGAUACAAUUAAAACAAAUGAACAUCCAGAAUUACAGAAAGGGUUUCGAAUUUUGAUCUAUCCUGGAACACCUGAACAGAACGGUUUUAGGUUUUCGUGGAUGAAGGUGAAGGAUGCAGACUAUGGGACAUUAUUGUAUUCAGGUCGAAAUAAACAUGUGGCAUCGGUAUUUGUGGAGAGUGAUGCUAAUAAUAGGUAUGAGAUAUUGGGGAAUACCGACUGGAAUAAGAGACAAAUGGAUUAUGUGGAAUACGGCACAAUGAAUCUGCAUUCGGUGGCGAAUUAUGGCACGUAUAAUAUCUUCGACGAGGAUGUCUAUUUGCUAACCAAACAACGAUGCAACUGUCAAUGUUGA